CGUACCAUACCCAGAGAAGGGUGAACUGGAGCACCUUCUUGCGGAAGCUCCACCGGAGCGGGUCGUUGGGGUUGGAGCUGGGCUGCGGCUGAAGAAUGAUGUCGCCGUGCUCCUUCUUGAGCUUCAAGUUACCGGCCAUGUCAAUGAGAUGGAUGGUACCCGGUACAUUUUCGUGGGAAAGCGGUAUGUCCUGACCGCUGAGGAUCUUUUCAAUGUUGGUCAUCGUGAUGGCUGAUGAGUGAUGAUGGAUUAUGGGCGGGCAAUCAACGUCUUAAAUACGCUUCCCCGCUGGGCGUGUCUCGAUGGCCAAGAUCUGGAACUCUUAUCGCUAACACUAGCGGUCACCUCCAACAGGAAAAAGUAAUGGGGUUCUUCGCAAAUCCCCAUUACUGGGCUCGUUAUCUGCGCAUAGAUCACACCCACCAGAAAUCUCCGCUCGCCAGCACGAUACCGCAGGUGGUGCGCGCAACCGAACGCUACUCUGGGCGGACCAGCGUCUUUCUCCACACUGUGUGCCCAAAGCGGUCGAGCGCGGCUGGGCCCACUAUCAAAUUAUCUGACCCCUCUGUGCCACCAACUGGAGCCGCGGUCUCCAGCGCGGUUAUCUGGGGGCCGUUUUGGGUCCCUACACAGUGGGGUCGGUUGCUUCCACGGAUACUGCUGCUACUACAGAGGGGUGCUCUGUUGAGCGCGGUUGGAGCCAUCACUCCACCACUUUAGUCUUACAUGCAUCUUUAGCUUGGACUCGCAAGCUGCGAAUUCGCGAUUCUGCUUUAACCCCAGAUACCAUGCUGGAUCGGGCUCCCGGCACCCUGGAAAAGGCAGCGAAAUCGCUUGGCUCCAAAAUGGUCAUUCGAGACCAGAUCGCCGGGUGGUUAUCGAUCGCUGUCCAUUAUUAAUCAUUGCCUGCGCUUAUCAGGUUACCCAAUAGAG